AUGAGCGCGGACCCGCCGUAUGGCCCACCCGCGUACCCUCCCCACGCAACAAGCACACCCAUCACAGAAUACGAGCGCGCGGGCGCAGCCGCCCUGCCGGAUGGAGAAUCUGAGUAUCGAGAGGAGAGUGGAGGAGGCACAGAUGAACGAGACGAGCCUGGUACGAUCCCCUCCCCUCUGUACAAGUCCCCGCCCCUCCCAAACGAGCACCAAGCAGCGUCCCCGCCUGGCCCCGCAGACCGCACUCCUACCGCACCCGCGCCCCGUGGCCAGGGAGCGAUAGGACAUGAGACGCAACCACUCGAGCCUGUCGCGACUUUUGAUGGCCUUGCCGUCACGCAAAGCGAUGCCGACUGGCUACAAAGAGUCACCAUGAGUGACGACUCGACUCCCCCGACUCCCUCACCCCCACAGGGCGCGCGCGCCCGAAGAACUGAGGAUGGCGCAAAGAACCGCAAACGGGCGAGAACGUCGUACUCCCCGGACGAGCAUACGCCGGGGCAGACUAGCAUGGCAGACACAGCUCCCCUGCCACGCGGCCGAACGCUGAACAAUGCCAGAGCGACGCCUGCGCCGAGCAACCAGCAGACUUACCCGCACGCUCUGAGUGCUGCAGGCUCACUGGGCACGGCCACGCCGUCCAGCAGGCCGCCAGCGAACGCGUCCAACAACGAAGGAGCGUCCGCGACCCCUACUGCCUACGCGCACGCGGCCGGGGCGAAUGGCGCCCUCCCGCCGACGUACGAGCAAGCCGCCCCUGUAGCGGAAUGGAUGACGGACUACAAGAAGUUCAUGACGAACCGCAUUGCGGCUGCUGAACGCGAGUUCUUUGAGUCACGCCAAAACGCGAACGCCGCCCAGCCUGUCCCUGCUCCGGCCGCACCACCCCCGACUCAAACGGCGGCCGUAGCCCACGCUGCCCUACCUGUCUCCCUGGGGACGGUUCCUGCGCAGCCCGCGCAAGCGUACAGCUCCCUUGCAGGAUGGAACGGACCGCCCGAGCACCGGACCCCGGAGCCACAGCCUGCUGGGCACCCGGGACUGCGCGCUGCAGCGAUAGCGACGCCCGGGCUCAUGCAAAGCCUGCAUGCUCCGCCGGCGCGGCCGAAAAUCGACCUGAAGUCCCUCGAUCUGAACCCUUUCCUGGAGAGCCCUGCCCCUCACCGCCCGGACUUGGACGAGAUGGACGUCGACGCGCCUGAAGCGCACCCCAUGUCUGGACUCGUCCCGGUGGCCUGUGAUGCCGGCCCGGGAUCUCACGCUGAGCCCUACCCCCUGGCCGCCACCCCCGGCGCGGUGAGCCUGCCUGUCCCCGCGCAACCCCAGCCCAUCCCACCAUCGCGCCCCCCACCAGAUGCAGCCCUGCUCGCCUCCCGAGCGCCCCUCCUCCUAACGAUCCCCACUCAGCAACCUGCGCAUGACAAAGCAAAAAGCUGGGCCGCGAUGCUCGUAGAGCGAGGGAUCGUCGAAGUCCUCCCCGAACCUGAGGGAGGCUUCCCGGAGAAGCAUGGAAAAGGCAUGGACAGCCUGCUGCGUGGGCUCUCGAAGAAGAAACGCGAGAAGUGGAGACUCUACGACCCGGACGUCGACUUCCUUGUCCAGAUCCAUGGCACCACAGACUUCUUUGACACCCCCGCGUGCCGCGCCUACCUCCGCGCGAUCGAGACUCUGUUCAUCAAGUGCCUGGAGCUCCUCACCGGAGAAACAGGCUUCCGCGUCUUCAGGCCGAGCAAGGACAAAGGCGCGCCUUUGGGAGGAGAGUUCGCGACGGCCUGGCUGCUCAAGAACCCUCCGGGGCGCUCCAAACAGAUCCUCCGAACGCAGGACUGCUGGCCGAUGAAGGACCUCACCUUCUACCUCCCGCGCGUGUACUCCGGGGUCUCACAGUACAUGUCGUCGUACAGAGGCCUCGACAACGUGGACGAACAGGAGAUCCGCGACGCGAUCACUGAUACUUUCCGCGAGUAUGGGUGCACCGAGGCCCUCGCGCGUCUCCUGCGUGACUGCGGAGGGAACGUCGCAGGCGUUGAUUACAACCUCGAGGCCGACCAAGUCAUAGCGAGCAUCCAGAUCAAGACCUUCCGAGAGAGGUGUGCAGAAGAAGACAAAGUGGGGGAGAUCAUCGCUUCCCUCUAUCGCGCACCGCCGGUUGGGCCAGCUCACCACGCCGCGUGGUACCUAUGGGUGCAGACCCUCGCCGACCUCACCAUCACGAGCGAGCUCGUCGACGGGGCCCUCCCGUGGAAGCCGCAGCGCUGCACCGGCUGCCACGGGGGCGAUCACAACAAACUCAACUGCCCCUUCGAGCGCAUCCCAGGUUGGUAUGGGAACUUGAACGUCGACUUCAAGGCGCAUGGGGCAACCUUCAAGACGGCCGCGCCGCACCCCACGGCCCACCCUGACCCCGCUGAAAACCCGCACACCGCGCCCACGACUGGUGGAGCUCUUGACGAACGGCGCCCGGUCUUCUACGACCCCCCGCAGCAGGCCCAGGCCCCCGCGUACAACCCGCAGUGGAACCAGGGCACGCAGCCGGUGGAUGUCCGCUUCCGCCCAUGGCACCCCCCUCCGCAGCAGCAGCCCCAGCAGCAAUCGCGUCGCCAGAAUGCGCACGCCGGGCCGUCAUCUGGACCGCGGCAACACCAGCAGCAGACGCAGACGGGCCCGCCCCACGCUGGAUACUCGAACGCGUACAACGACGGGGAGUACUACGCCCAGCAGCCCCCUCCAUACGACAACCAGCACGGUAAUCCUCCCCCUCCCCGCGCCAACGGUGGCCGCCCCCGCCGCGCCCCGAAGCAGCCCAACCAGGCCCCGCCCACCAGCUUCGCGCCGGUCUACCCGACGUACGGCCCGCGGUAG